UCCCCGCCAGCCGGCCCCGCAGGGCCUCCGGCUCGGGCCGCCCACCGUCCACCGCCGCCCAGCCGAGUCCCUGCCCCACUCGCCUUUCUCCCAGGCGAAUGUCUGCGUCUCUCUGUCUGUCUGUUUGCCUGCCUGCCUGCUUGUCUGCCUGCCAGAGGCCGGGAUCGCUCUCCCUGCACCCGGGCGCCCUCAGGGGACCAGGGCUGCGGCCAGAGGAGCCUCCCGCCCUGCAGUGAUUGGCUGCUACCUGCAGCCCCUUUUCCUGACACUGAGGUCUGGGGUCACAGCGGCCUUGUCCACCCACGGGGUCUUCCGCGGUCCUCGGCUCAGACCUAGGCUACAGGAAACCAGUGAAGACCGCAAGCCGGUGGCCAUGGGGUUUGGAUAUUUCCCCACCUGGGCACUGCCAGCUGCCCCACUGUUGAUGUUAGAGGCCUUCAGAGGUCCUGGGGCAGCCAUGCCCCAUUCCAGCUUCACAGUUGAGGGAACACAACGUAGCCUUACUGCCUUCCAGGUCAUGGGGAAGGAAUUGGCACCUCUUUCCUUCCUUUCCUGCCCCAGGUCUAAUCUGGGGGUCACACUGUCCUUCAGAAUAGUGUCAUCCAGCCAGAGCCCAGAAGGGGCUUCCUAAGGGAGCAAUGAAUGUCAGAAACAUUAAUGGGUCCCUCCUGUGACCAAGUGAGGUGAAACAGACAAGAAACCAGCUCAGAACACAGGACGGGCACUCUGAAAAAGUCCCUGGCCCCUGAUGCAUCUUACCCUGACUUGGAGGUUCAGGAAAGCCUUCCUGGAGGAGGCAACAGCUCUGCUGGGCCUUAAAUGAUAGGCUAGGCUUUUUUUCAUCCCUCCUUUUCAAAGGGGCAUAUUGCAGUCAGAGUGCAAGGAAUUAAUUACAGAGUCAGACCUGAAUCUGAGCCACCCUUGAUGCCUCACCCCGAGGCCUCACCACUUUACCUUAAGGAGUGUAUUUUCUUUGUCUGGGCAUUGGUGUUCUCUUCUGUAAAAGGGACACAUCAUUAGUACCUUCUUCCAAGGAUUACAGGAAGAAUUGAACUAGGAGCUGGUUUGGGGCUUUGGUGGUUCCCUCUACACCCUCACAGCGCAUCCCUGCCCCAUCAUCACCUGUAGGUGGCUGGGUGGGAACUGGCCCUGGCCGGUCACUGCCCUCCCCUUCUCCUGGGCUGAGUGUGGGGCUGGGCCUUUGUUGGGAAUGGAGUCGGGGGAGGCCAGGGCCAGGGUCUGAAGCACACAGCCCUUUGUUCCAGGAUAAAGGCCCUGCCGGCCCCUUUGUGCAGAGAUUAGCAGAGCCUGUAGAGACCCUCAUGGACACAAAAUGGGUGACGUCUGAGUUGGCGUGGACAUCUCAUCCAGAAACUGGGUGGGAAGAGGUGAGUGGCUAUGAUGAGGGCAUGAAUCCCAUCCGCACGUACCAGGUGUGUAAUGUGCGUGAGUCAAGCCAGAACAACUGGCUCCGCACGGGGUUCAUCUGGCGGCGGGACGUGCAGCGGGUCUACGUGGAGCUCAAGUUCACGGUGCGCGACUGCAACAGCAUCCCCAACAUCCCCGGCUCCUGCAAGGAGACCUUCAACCUCUUCUACUACGAGGCCGACAGCGAUGUGGCCUCCGCCUCCUCCCCCUUCUGGAUGGAGAACCCCUACGUGAAAGUGGACACCAUCGCGCCUGAUGAGAGCUUCUCACGCCUCGAUGCCGGCCGUGUCAACACCAAGGUGCGCAGCUUUGGGCCACUUUCCAAGGCUGGCUUCUACCUGGCCUUCCAAGACCAGGGCGCCUGCAUGUCACUCAUCUCCGUGCGCGCCUUCUACAAGAAGUGUGCAUCCACCACCGCAGGCUUCGCACUCUUCCCCGAGACCCUCACUGGGGCGGAGCCCACCUCGCUGGUCAUUGCUCCUGGCACCUGCAUCCCUAACGCCGUGGAGGUGUCAGUGCCACUCAAGCUCUACUGCAACGGCGACGGGGAGUGGAUGGUGCCCGUGGGUGCCUGCACCUGUGCCACCGGCCAUGAGCCAGCUGCCAAGGAGUCCCAGUGCCGCCCCUGUCCCCCUGGGAGCUACAAGGCAAAGCAGGGAGAGGGGCCCUGCCUCCCCUGCCCUCCCAACAGCCGGACCACCUCGCCGGCCGCCAGCAUCUGCACCUGCCACAAUAACUUCUACCGCGCAGACUCGGACUCCGCGGACAGUGCCUGUACCACCGUGCCAUCGCCGCCCCGAGGUGUGAUCUCCAACGUGAACGAAACCUCACUGAUCCUUGAGUGGAGUGAGCCCCGGGACCUGGGUGGCCGGGAUGACCUCCUGUACAAUGUGAUCUGCAAGAAGUGCCAUGGAGGCCCUGGGGCUGGGGGGCCCUCAGCCUGCUCACGCUGUGACGACAAUGUGGAGUUUGUGCCUCGGCAGCUAGGCCUGACAGAGCGCCGGGUCCACAUCAGCCAUCUGCUGGCCCAUACACGCUACACCUUUGAGGUGCAGGCUGUUAACGGUGUCUCAGGGAAGAGCCCUCUGCCACCCCGCUAUGCGGCUGUGAAUAUCACCACCAACCAGGCUGCCCCGUCCGAAGUGCCCACUCUACGCCUGCACAGCAGCUCAGGCAGCAGCCUGACCCUGUCCUGGGCACCCCCGGAGCGGCCCAACGGAGUCAUCCUGGACUAUGAGAUGAAGUACUUUGAGAAGAGUGAGGGCAUCGCCUCCACAGUGACCAGCCAGAUGAACUCUGUGCAGCUGGACGGGCUGCGGCCCGACGCCCGCUAUGUGGUCCAGGUCCGGGCCCGCACGGUCGCUGGCUAUGGAAAGUACAGCCGGCCCGCCGAGUUUGAGACCACAAGUGAGAGAGGCCCCGGGGCCCAGCAGCUCCAGGAGCAGCUUCCCCUCAUCGUGGGCUCCGCGACAGCUGGCCUUGUCUUCGUGGUGGCCGUCGUGGUCAUCGCCAUCGUCUGCCUCAGGAAGCAGCGGCACGGCUCGGACUCGGAGUAUACGGAGAAGCUGCAGCAGUACAUUGCUCCUGGAAUGAAGGUUUAUAUCGACCCUUUUACCUACGAGGACCCUAAUGAGGCCGUUCGGGAGUUUGCCAAGGAGAUCGACGUCUCCUGUGUCAAGAUUGAGGAGGUGAUCGGAGCUGGGGAGUUUGGGGAAGUGUGCCGGGGUCGACUGAAACAGCCUGGCCGCCGGGAGGUGUUUGUGGCCAUCAAGACACUGAAGGUGGGCUACACUGAGCGGCAGCGGCGGGACUUCCUAAGUGAGGCCUCCAUCAUGGGCCAGUUUGAUCACCCCAAUAUAAUCCGGCUUGAGGGCGUGGUCACCAAAAGCCGGCCAGUCAUGAUCCUCACUGAGUUCAUGGAGAACUGCGCCCUGGACUCCUUCCUCCGGCUCAACGAUGGGCAGUUCACGGUCAUCCAGCUGGUGGGCAUGUUGCGGGGCAUUGCUGCUGGCAUGAAGUACCUGUCCGAGAUGAACUAUGUGCACCGCGACCUGGCUGCCCGCAACAUCCUUGUCAACAGCAACCUGGUCUGCAAAGUCUCAGACUUCGGCCUCUCCCGCUUCCUGGAGGACGACCCCUCCGAUCCCACCUACACCAGCUCCCUGGGCGGAAAGAUCCCCAUCCGCUGGACGGCCCCGGAGGCGAUUGCCUAUCGGAAGUUCACUUCUGCUAGUGAUGUCUGGAGCUAUGGAAUUGUCAUGUGGGAGGUCAUGAGCUAUGGAGAGCGACCUUACUGGGACAUGAGCAACCAGGAUGUCAUCAAUGCUGUGGAGCAGGACUAUCGGCUGCCACCGCCCAUGGACUGCCCCACAGCACUGCACCAGCUCAUGCUGGACUGCUGGGUGCGGGACCGGAACCUCAGGCCCAAAUUCUCCCAGAUUGUCAAUACCUUGGACAAGCUCAUCCGCAAUGCUGCCAGCCUCAAGGUCAUUGCCAGCGCUCAGUCUGGCAUGUCACAGCCCCUCCUGGACCGCACGGUCCCAGAUUACACGACCUUCACGACAGUUGGUGAUUGGCUGGAGGCCAUCAAGAUGGGGAGGUACAAGGAGAGCUUCGUCAGUGCAGGGUUUGCAUCCUUUGACUUGGUGGCCCAGAUGACCGCAGAAGACCUGCUCCGUAUCGGGGUCACCCUGGCCGGCCACCAGAAGAAGAUCCUGAGCAGUAUCCAGGACAUGCGGCUGCAGAUGAACCAGACGCUGCCCGUGCAGGUCUGACACCAGCUCCCAUGGGGGACCCCAAGGACCGCGCAGGGAUGCCGCGCAGCCGGCUGGACUUUUGGACUCUUGGACUUUUGGGUGCCUGGCCUUAGGCUGUGGCCCAGAAGAUGGAAGGCUGGGAAGGGCCCAAGCUGGGACUUCUCCAGGCCUGUGCUCCCUCCCCAGGAAGAGUGCCCCAAACCUCUUCAUAUUGAAGAUGGAUUAGGAGAGGGGGUGAUGACCCCUCCCCAAGCCCCUCAGGGCCCAGACCUUCCUGCUCUCCAGCGGGGGAUCCCCACGACCUCACACUUGUCUGUUCUUCAAUGCUGGAAGUCCUGGCAGGGUCAGAUGGGGGUAAGCCGGGGUUCCACAGGGCCCAGCCCUGGCAGGGGUCUGGCCCCCCAGGUAGGUGGAGAGCAGUCCCUCCCUCAGGAACUGGAGGAGGGGACUCCAGGAAUGGGGAAAUGUGACAUCCCCAUCCUGAAGCCAGCUGGCAUCUCCAGUUUGCACAGGGAUUUGUUCUGGGGGCCAAGGGCCCUGACCCACUCCCGCCCUUGGUGCUGUCAUAAAAGGGCAGGCAGGGGCAGGCCAAGGAGUUGCCCUUUGCCCCCCAGAGACUGACUCUCGAAGCCAGAGAUGGGAUGUGUGAGUGUGUGUGUGUGUGUGUGCACGUGCGCGUGUAUGUGUGCACGCACUGGCCUGCACAGAGAGCAUGGGUGAGCGUGUAAAAGCUUGGCCCUGUGCCCUGCAGUGGGGCCAGCUGGGCCAACAGCAGAAUAAAGGCAAUAAGAUGAUUA